UAAAAAAGCGAACCACCAACACUCAAUUGACAAACAUUUUAUCUUUAACCAAUCUAUAGUCGGUCAAUCACCAAACUCGCUCUCCUCCAAUUUCCCUUCUUUCCUCCUCUUCUCCACUAAAUCUCCCACUCUACAUCAUCUAUUUGUUUUUUCUCUUAAAUCUGUCAUAAAACUUUUAUUUUCAAUAAAUUUCAUACGAAACGCAACCGGAAUUUUAAGAGGGGCAAAGAGCGUAUGAUGAUGAUUACCUUUUAAUUUAAUUAGUCAAUCCUAUUAAGAAUGUCAAAACACAUUUCUUGUUCUACACCUAAUUGAGGAAAGCCAUAAAGGCUACAACUUUAUCUUUAACCAAUCAACAAUUACCAAGUCACUCUCCUCCCAUUUCUCUUCUUUCUUCCUCCUCUUCUCGACCAAGUCUCCCUCCUUCCCUUUUUUCCUUCCUAUUACAACGUAAACCCAAUUUCUUCCAUACAUUUCCUCACUUUUAUCUCCAUUUUUUGUGUUAGGAUUAGGAUAGACAAAGCAAGUAGGGGGAGAAAGAGGAUAUAAAACAAGAAUAUGGAAAGACUAAUUUGCUCAUCAACACUCCCAUCAUCUAAAUUAUUGAAUCAUAAAUCCUAUUUCCCACAAAUUAGCCGUGUUAAAUCCCGGGAAAAUGGGGUUUUUCUUCCUCCAUUAACCGAGUCUUUUCGAUUCAACUUUGCCCCCUUGAAACGCAGCCAAUUACAGUUGCGGGUUUCUUGUCUUUCCAACCCAGUUCAUGACCCGUCGAUCAUUUUUGACCCACUUAAUCCAAAUGGAUCUUCACUGGAUUCUUCAAAUAACAAUUCUAAGUUACAAAAGGCAGUUGCUGCUGCAAAAAUUGUUUUACUUUGUGCUCUUACUAUGGUUAUAAUAAACCCAGUUCGCAAAUUACCCGCAUUAGCAAGCUUGCAAACUGCGACUGCAACUGGAGGUGCUGUUGGGAGAGGCCUCCUUCGCACUGAAGUAUUGAGUAGUGCGUGGACUGGUUUCUUUGCUGGUUGCUUGCACACAUUAUCCGGUCCUGACCACUUGGCUGCUUUAGCUCCUUUAUCAAUUGGCCGUUCUAAAAUGGAAAGUGCGAUUGUUGGAGCCCUAUGGGGGUGUGGCCAUGAUGCCGGGCAAGUGAUUUUUGGCUUACUCUUUCUUCUCCUCAAAGAUCGUCUCCAUAUUGAAAUAAUCCAAACUUGGGGCACUCGAGUGGUAGGCUUAACUCUCCUCGUUAUUGGUGUCAUGGGUAUUAAGGAAGCUUCAGAAGUCCCUACCCCUUGUGUUGCGUUAGAAAAUGGGGAGUGCGAUGUUAGUGUCUAUGAAUCCGUUGAAACCCCUCUUGUCGGCAAGAAAAAGAAGAUUGGAUUUGCAACCUUUGCCACGGGGAUAGUACAUGGGCUUCAACCCGAUGCCCUAAUGAUGGUUCUUCCUGCCCUGGCUCUGCCCUCGAGAUUGGCUGGUGCGGCAUUUUUAUGUAUGUUCUUGGUUGGGACUGUUGUGGCAAUGGGAGGCUAUACCGUAUUCAUUGGAUCUUGUAGCGAGGCAUUGAAAGAUAGAGUUCCUAGAAUAACUGAGAAGCUCACUUGGGCUGCUUCUCUGGUAGCUAUCGGCCUUGGAUUAGCCAUCAUCUUUAGUCAAUCUUUUGGGUUUAGUUUGUAUUAAUUAGUUUAUAAUAUUUUCAUGAAGAUUUUGGAUCGUAGAUUAAUUGUCCACAUUGAGCAUUAGAAAGGAUUUUCGGAAUCAGCAAAUUGGUUUCCUGAUACAGAUUUCAUUCUAAGUUUCUAUUGUUCGUUUUACAGCAAUUUGCUCCAUUCCACAUUUAGCAUUAGUUUAUAACCUUGAACUGUGGUACUUUGUAUCUUUUGAGCUCCAAUGGCCAUAAAUGUAUGAAUAUUUCAUUCGUAAAUGUGGGUAUAUUUUGAGUUA